AUGCUAAAACAGGCUGUGGUCAAACCAGUGGAGAUGGUAUCAGAGUUCUCCAAACUGCGCACUUCUCAAAAGAGCACUCCACAGAACCCAACAAGGGAACUCAUGGGAGUGGCUGCCACCGGAGCUGUGACUGCUUUGAGUUGCCUGUGGCAGAAAGGAACCGCUCAGAGCAAAGAAAGCGAAAGGAAGGCGAGGCAAAUAGAGGACGUCAUGUGUCUGUGCUGUGAGCUGUCGGCUCAUGAUCAGAUCAAAGUGGGGGUGAAAAGCUCGGCCAAAGCAGCGGUUGUAGCGGGGGGCACCGUAUUUGGACCUGCAGGGAUCCUAGUUGGUGGAGCGGUGGGGACUGCGCUGGGCUGGGUGACCUGCGAAACGUUCAAGCCUCUGCCUCAGAUCCUGAUGAAGCUUUCUCCGCAGCAGAAGCAGGAGCUCUAUACACAGAUCAAAAACGACCUGGGCAGCCUGGACUGGUUGGACGCCGAGGAGCUCAUCCAGCUGGUUAUGGGGAACGCCAGUCUGAAGCAGCUGGUCAUCAACUCCCUAAUCAACUACGUCACCAAGAAGCUCAGUGUUACACUCACAAAUGAGAACUGAGCUUCAUGGAGGAAGAUCACUGAUCUCUAUUUAUACACUGGAUUGCUGAUAUCCCGAAAAGAGGCUUUUUUUUUUAAGUGUUGUAUUUCUCAUUUGAAAAAGUCAUGUGCUGAAACAUCCAUCCAUCCAUUUUCUG